AGCCUUGCCUGGGAGCAACGGGAGUCCCUGACAGCUUUUCUGCAGGAGACUGGCCCAUCCGCUUGAUUCUGGAAACAUGCCCUGGCUGCAGAGGAAAGAAAGGUUGGCAGGAGGACCUGGCAUCCUUGACAAUGCUGCCCACCCUGUGCACCUGUCUCCUCUGGCUGUCUACCAGUGGGCUCUGGACCGUCCAGGCUAAGGGCUCUGGCACUGACGUGAGCACAAGGAACCCUCACCGGGACUUGGCUCCAAACAAUGUUGACUUUGCCUUUACCCUGUAUAAGCACUUAGUGGCCUCAGCUCCAGGCAAGAAUGUCUUCAUCUCCCCUGUGAGCAUCUCCACAGCCUUAGCAAUGCUGUCCCUGGGCGCUAGAGGCUACACACGGGAGCAGCUUCUCCAAGGCCUGGGCUUCAACCUCACUGAGAUGUCCGAAACUGAGAUCCACCGGGCCUUCCGGCAUCUCCACCACCUCCUCCGGGAGUCAAACACCACCUUGGAAAUGGCCAUGGGCAAUGCCUUGUUCCUUGACCACAGCCUGGAGCUUCUGGAAUCAUUCUCAGCAGACACCAAGCACUACUAUGAGCUGGAGUCCUUGACCACAGAUUUUCAGGACUGGGCAGGAGCCAGCAGACAAAUCAACGAGUAUAUCAAGAAUAAGACGCAAGGGAAAAUUGUGGACUUGUUCUCGGAGUCAGAUAGCUCAGCCAUGCUCAUCCUGGUCAACUACAUCUUUUUUAAAGGCAUGUGGGCACACUCCUUCGACCUGGAAAGCACCAGAGAAGAGAACUUCUAUGUGAACGAGAUGACCACAGUGAAGGUGCCCAUGAUGUUCCAGUCAAACACCGUCAAGUACCUGAAUGACUCGGUGCUCCCCUGCCAGCUGGUACAGCUGGACUAUACGGGCAACGAGACUGUCUUCUUCGUGCUCCCAGUCAAGGGGAAGAUGGACUCGGUCAUCACCGCACUGAGCCGGGACACCAUUCAGAGGUGGUCUAAGUCCCUAACCAUCAGCCAGGUGGACCUGUACAUCCCAAAGAUCUCCAUCUCUGGAGCCUACGACCUUGGUGGCAUCAUGGGGGACAUGGGCAUUGCAGACUUGCUCAGAAACCGGACACAUUUCUCAGGCAUCACCCAAGAGGCCCUGCCAAAGGUGUCAAAGGUGGUCCAUAAGGCCGCGCUGCAGGUCGAUGAGAAGGGCUUAGAGGCCGCCGCCCCGACCCGGCUCAGCCUGAGCGCAGCGCCCGAGCCGCUCGCCCUCCGCUUCAACCGGCCCUUCAUCAUCAUGAUCUUCGACGACUUCACGUGGAGCAGCCUCUUCCUGGGCAAGGUUGUGAAUCCGACCUAAGGGUGCACUCCCAGGAGCCACAGCUGCGUCUGACUCAGGCACCCAGACCCCACAGAAAGGGGUGGGAGGGUCCCCCCUAAUCCUCCCCAGGUUCCCCUCUUGUAAUAAAUCACUGUCAUUGCUACUG